AUGAGAGAGAUCAUUCAUUUGUCCACAGGUCAAUGUGGUAACCAAAUUGGUGCUGCGUUUUGGGAAACUAUUUGUGGUGAACACGGUUUGGAUUUUGAAGGUAACUAUCACGGUAUCGAUGAUAUUCAAAAGGCUAGAUUGAACGUUUACUUUAACGAAGCCUCUUCUGGUAAAUGGGUUCCAAGAUCCGUUAACAUUGAUUUGGAACCUGGUACCAUUGAUGCUGUACGUAACUCUAAGAUUGGUACUUUGUUCAGACCAGAUAACUACAUUUUCGGUCAAUCUUCAGCAGGUAACGUGUGGGCUAAAGGUCAUUACACUGAGGGUGCUGAAUUGGUGGAUUCUGUCAUGGACGUUGUCAGACGUGAAGCUGAAGGUUGUGACUCUUUGCAAGGUUUCCAAAUCGCCCAUUCCCUUGGUGGUGGUACCGGUUCUGGUAUGGGUACUUUGUUGAUCUCUAAGAUCAGAGAAGAAUUCCCUGACAGAAUGAUGGCUACUUUCUCCGUUGUCCCAUCCCCAAAGACUUCAGAUACCGUUGUAGAACCAUACAAUGCCACUCUAUCUGUACACCAAUUAGUCGAACACGCUGAUGAAACUUUCUGUAUCGAUAAUGAAGCCCUUUACGAUAUAUGUCAAACUACUCUAAAAUUACCACAACCAGAUUAUGCGAACUUGAACCAUUUAGUUUCAAGUGUCAUGUCUGGUGUCACUACAUCCCUACGUUACCCAGGUCAAUUGAACUCAGAUCUAAGAAAAUUGGCCGUGAAUUUGGUGCCCUUCCCAAGAUUACACUUCUUCAUGGUUGGUUAUGCUCCAUUAACCUCGAUUGGUGCCCAAUCUUUCAGAUCCCUAUCUGUAUCAGAAUUGACCCAACAAAUGUUCGAUUCAAGAAAUAUGAUGGCUGCAUCUGAUCCAAGAAACGGAAGGUACUUGACUGUUGCUGCAUUCUUCCGUGGUAAAGUAAGCGUGAAAGAAGUUGAAGAUGAAAUGCAUAAGGUUCAAACUAGAAACUCGUCGUACUUCGUAGAAUGGAUUCCAAACAACGUGCAAACAGCCGUCUGUUCUGUACCUCCAAAGGACUUAGACAUGUCUGCUACUUUCAUUGGUAACUCUACAUCCAUCCAAGAAUUAUUCAGAAGGGUCGGAGAUCAAUUUAGUGUUAUGUUCAAGAAGAGAGCUUUCUUGCAUUGGUAUACUAAUGAAGGUAUGGAAGAAAUUGAAUUUUCUGAAGCUGAAUCUAACAUGAAUGACUUAGUAAGUGAAUACCAACAAUAUCAAGAUGCUACUGUUGAAGAUGACGAAGAAUUGGAAUUCGUUGACGAACAACCAAUGGCUGAAAACUUCGAGUAA